ACUCGUUACUCGCCCAUUCACAUUUCCUCUGCAGCGCAAAUUGUGUUACUACACAACUAUGCAACACUGAAAGCACAUCGGGUUGACAUCUUGGUCGCCAUUGCUCUAGCAUACAAUUUCCAUUCGCAGUUUGAUCGUCUACUCGUGAAGUUCAUUGUAUAUUUGACUCUGGCGCACUUUUGUGCGUACAAACAUACAUACAUAUUUAUAUAUAUAUAUGUAUAUGAUGAGUGUGCGCGUGUGUAUCUAUGAGAUUUUUGUGUAAUUCGCCAAUUGUAGCAACAAAGCGCAUACUACUAUUAGAGAGGAAAACUAAUUACAAACAUACGUUAGAAAUUAGAACCGCCAAGUGACUAAAUAAGAUAUUCAACCAACAAACCUUAAAUGAACGACGCGAAGUAGAAAACGCAGUUGAGUGCAGUGAAAAUUACAAAAUAAGAAACGAGAAAAAUUUAGUGAAAAUUUCCCACAGCAAAUGGAAAGUGCCAAAGCAGUAAAAUAAAUUAGAAAACACGCAAAAAAAUAUAUUUAUAUUUAGUGAAAAUAAUUAUUUUCAUUUAAACACCAUUUUACAUGUGUGCUUUAUUAGCGCACUUACAUAUAUUAAAAGCGGAAAAAAUACGUGUAAAUCAAUAAACGCAAUGGCACCCUGCCAAGUACAUCCAAUUAGAAUACAUACGAAUAGCAAUAGCAGCACAACAGUGAACGCUAGAACGCGUCCAGUGCGUCCCAUUGGCGGUGUGCGUAGAAAUCUUUUCGGUCAACCGGAUCGACUUGAAAUGGCGCAAAAUUUUGACAUUGAAAAUGCCCGUCAAUUAGAGCGCUUGGAGAAAUAUAAAAUAAUUGCCCCUGCCGCGCCGCCGUCAAGUGAGGCGAGCGAAGAACGUCCCUUACCCGUACUGAUUGCCAAGGAAUUGGAAAAGGCGCAAGAAAAUGAUAAACUGAUGGAAAAAAACAAAAACAGUGAUGUGCAACACGACAACGUAGCCACGGUGAGCGAAGAUGAUGAUCAUGUGUCGGCCACCAAACGGCAGGAGCUGAUUGAGAAAACACCAACGUUGUCGACAAAAACUAAAUUAAGAACGCUUCACACCAAUCGUGCCACAAUCAUCAAUGUGCAAUCGAACAACGACGAUGCACGCUACAGACCCUACAAUAAGCAGUUAUUAAUCACCGAUGUGUUGCCGAAGCGAAAAUCAGUACCACCGCCAUCGUAGAUAAAUAGAUUAAUAACAUUUUUAUUUUUUGAUGAAUGUUAAACGGUUAAUUGUGCACUGUGCGUUUGCUGUUGCAUAGUUUCUGGAGCGGCAGAGAACAGCGGGAAGCGGUGAUGUUAACAGUUUGGGUUGCUGCACUUUAGCUGAGAUUUAUGCACUGGAAUGUUUAAGGUUUUCUACUAUAUACAUACAUAUAGUAACUAGUUACAUAUGUACAUAAUUGAACUAGUUCGCUUGUGUAAGGUAAAGCAACAACAAUAACUCGUAAGACAAAGUAAGACUUUUGAUUAUUGGAAAAUUAAAAAAAAGAAAAAUUCUUUGAUUUCAUUGCAAGUCGGUUGGUACAAAGAGAAUUUGGAGAGUUACUACAUAUUUUGAAACAUUUUUUUUAAUUGUGAUUUUUAUGACCAGAUUAUAUCAACAAUAUCCAACUUAGCUAAUUAAAAUUUUUUUUUUAAGAUUUCAAUUUUUUUAAAUUUUGUUUCCUUUAUGUUUGAAAACCUUAAUUUCAAUGCUAUGGACAGAGUGUAGUAUAUUAUAUAGUAAAAAGAAAUAAAUGAAUAAAUGUUGCAUGCAUACGCAGGCCAACCUGUAAACAUAUGUACAUAUGUAUUUACAAGCAAGCCAUUAGCAUAGCAAGGCGGUUAACAAUUUAAAUAGAAAAAAUAAAGAAACGGUAAUUGGUCUCGUAAAAAUGGCUAAGAAUUGUAAUAAGAAAUGAAAAUGAAAAAUACUGUUUAAAGUGGCUGGUCAGUGCAAUUUUACCUUUAUUUUACCAACACUUUAGUUCACUUGUGCCCGUCUCGCCGCAUAUGAAACAUUCAUUUGUUGUUGGCCUGUGUUAAAAUUAACCAAAACAUUCAUACAAAAAAAAAAAAAAAAAAAAAAAAA